AGAAAGCGGAAGUGCACAACCAAAAGAGUUCUGUUUGCAAACAGUAGGGGGAGAGAGCGAGAAACAGAAAUGGCGGCUCGAUAGUAUUCUCAGUGAGACAGUAAUAGACGCGAGCCUUGAUAGAACCGAGAGAAGCAGAGACGAAGAGAAUCAUGGUGAAUACGAGAAAGAGCUCCAAAUCCCUGCCAUGCAGUCCGUUCAUCUCAUCCAGGACGAGGUCGUCUGUCAGGAACAACCCCAGUUCGGAAGAACCCAGUCAUAAGGAGGCGAGCAGUGAUGUGAGCAGUCCCAGCAGCCCCCGCCUGUCCCCCCCCUCCAAGAGGACGCGGCGUCAGACACGCACCCCCAGCUCCAGUGACACAUCACCCAGCCCACAGAGCAAAGAACAGAGAGUCAGCUGGCACGUGCCACACUACUGCACCAGGUUGUCCUCUGGUGCUCUCCAGAAUGGACACACGCGUAUGAGCCAACGGGAGCGUGGGGGCGGAGAUGGAGGAGACGGAGACCACACCCACCUGAACGGGGAGGUGCGGAGUUGUCGCACCAGGAAGAGCACCUUUCAGCACCUCAACCAGAGCUUGCUAUUUGACCAGCUCAUCAACAGCACGGCGGAAGCGGUUCUUCAGGAGAUGGACAACAUCAGCAGCAUCCGGCAGAACCGCGAGGUGGAACGUCUUCGCAUGUGGACUGACACUGAGCUGGUGGGUUCUGCAACGACUUUAGAGAACAUGGACAUGUACUCACGUGUAAAAAGGAGAAAGUCGAUGCGGCGGAACUCGUUCGGGAUACAGACUCACCACAAAGCCCUCAGCAAGAAGGAGAGCCCAGCAGAGGAUGAGGAUGGGGGGAACACGGGGGAAUCCAACGAAGAGGCUGACGACGACGAAGACGAAGAUGACGGGGAGGAAGAGGACGAUGAAGACGACGAAGGAGACGAGGCGGAAGAGCCUGGCGAAGAAAACGACCGCCCGUAUAACCUCAGGCAGCGCAAGACUGUGCAGCGUUACGAGGCACCCCCUAUAGAGCCCGUGAACAGAAAGCAGAGCACCAACUCCCUGUUUGACACACACAGGUCGCCGGCGCGGAGAAGCCAUAUCAGGAUUAAGAAGCAUGCCAUCCACAGCAGUGACACCACCUCCUCCUCAGACGAGGAGCGCUUUGAGAGGAGGAAGAGCAAAAGCAUGUCCCGUGCACGCAACAGGUGUCUACCAAUGAACCUGCGUGGUGACGACCUGACCAGUGGGGUGCUGAGGGAUCGGGCCAAAGUGGGCGCUAGCCUGGCAGACGUGGACCCCAUGAACAUAGACUCUUCCGUGAUGUUCGACCGUGUUGGCGGUCUGGAGCACCACAUUCGGGCGCUGAAGGAGAUGGUGGUGUUCCCUCUGCUCUAUCCCGAGGUGUUCGAGAAGUUCAAGAUUCAGCCCCCGAGGGGUUGUCUGUUUUACGGUCCUCCAGGCACAGGGAAGACUCUGGUGGCUCGGGCGCUGGCCAACGAGUGUAGCCACGGUGACAGGAAAGUGUCGUUCUUCAUGAGGAAAGGAGCCGACUGCCUCAGCAAAUGGGUGGGAGAGUCCGAGAGACAGCUCCGCCUACUUUUUGACCAGGCCUACCUCAUGAGGCCCUCGAUCAUCUUCUUUGAUGAGAUUGAUGGUCUCGCCCCGGUGCGGUCCAGCAGGCAGGACCAAAUUCACAGUUCCAUAGUGUCUACCCUGCUGGCAUUGAUGGACGGGCUGGAUAGCCGUGGAGAGAUAGUGGUCAUCGGUGCUACCAACAGAAUCGACUCUAUCGACCCAGCCCUCAGGAGGCCCGGCCGCUUCGACCGGGAGUUCCUCUUCAAUCUGCCCGACAAGAAGGCUCGUAAGCACAUUCUGGAGAUCCACACGCGAGACUGGAGUCCUCGGCUGGCUGAGUCCUUUGUGGAGGAGCUGGCGGAGACCUGUGUUGGUUACUGCGGUGCUGAUCUCCGAGCGUUGUGUACGGAGGCAGCCCUGGCAGCUCUGCGGCGGCGAUACCCUCAGAUCUACGGCUCCAGUGCGACGGGCCGCCGCUACCAGCUGGACGUGGGCUCCAUCGUGCUGGGGCCGGGUGACUUCGGCCGCGCCCUGCGUGCCAUCGUGCCUGCGGGGCAGAGGGCACUGGCGCCGCCUGGCAGGGCACUGCCCUCUCUACUGCGCCCCCUGCUGGAGGGAGGACUGCAGACGGCCCUCGGGGGCCUGCUCAGGGUGUUUCCACACGCAGAGAGACACACACACGCAAACUCAGACAAUCAGUUUCUGGAGGAGGACUUCUACAGUGAUGAGGAAGACACAGCAGCCCCCUCCAUCUAUGAUGUCCUUACAGCAUCUCCAAAAAAACACCAGCCCCCACACAAACCCUUCCUGCAUUUUACCACGUCUGCCUACAUCCAGCCCAUGUCGUAUCGUCCGCGGCUGCUGCUAGCGGGGCCAGUGGGGUCGGGGCAGAGCACCCACCUGGCCCCUGCCCUCCUGCACCGCCUGGAGGAGCUCAGCACCCACCGGCUGGACCUGCCCACGCUGUACUCCACCAGCACCAAAACACCCGAGGAGUCCUGCGCUCAGGUGUUCCGGGAAGCUCGCAGGAGCGUGCCCAGUGUGAUCUACAUGCCGCACGUGAGCGAGUGGUGGGAGGCUAUCAGCGACACGGUCAGGAGCACCUUCCUCACGCUCCUGCAGGACAUCCCCUCCCUCUCGCCCAUCCUCAUCCUCGCCACGGCCGACUGCCCCUACACACAUCUGCCUGAAGGGGUAAAGUCCAUCUUCAGUCGUGCGCGCGGGGAGGUGGUGUGUGUGAGUCCAGCCAGAGACGAGGAACGCAGGAAGUUCUUCGGUGACCUCAUCCUGGUGCAGGCUGCCCAGGCUCCGCCCUGUCGCAGGAACACAGCAGUGGGUGUACCUGCGGUGGAGGUUCUGGAGCUGGAGGAGGUGGAGGGCCCGCGGCAGCUGUCUACAGAGGAGCGCCGCCGUCUGGAGGAGCAGGAGGAGAACACACUGCGCGAGCUGCGCCUCUUUCUCAGGGACGUCACACGCCGCCUUGCUACCGACAAGCGCUUCCUCAUCUUCAGCAAGCCCGUCGACAUCGAGGAGGUGGCAGACUAUCUGGAGGUCAUACGGCAGCCCAUGGAUCUGUCCACCAUCAUGACCAAGAUUGACACACACAAGUUUCUCGUUGCCAAGGACUUCCUGUCCGACGUUGACCUCAUAUGCAGCAAUGCGUUAGAGUACAAUCCCGACAAGGACCCAGGAGAUAAGAUCAUCCGGCACCGGGCCUGCAGUUUGAAGGACACGGCCCACGCCAUGAUCGCCUCUGAGCUUGACCCUGAGUUCGACCGCAUGUGUGAGGAGAUCAAGGAGGCACGCAGGAAAAGAGCAGACCUGCAGUCGCCCCCGGCGACACAGCAGCAGGUGACCACCCCAAGCCCCGUGGUAACUAGGAAACCUGCAGGAGAGGAGGCUGCUGGGAGCAGCACUCAGGGCGAGGUGCUAGAGAAGCACUGCAGCAAUAACCAGUUGAAGCGUAAGGCUCCACGGCGAUCGUCAUGGAGGCACGGCAUCAUCAGGAAGAAGAAGAGCUACCUAAAGAAGGAGGCAGGGGAGGACCAAGAUGAGGAAGAGGAGGAGCCCAACGGCUGGGCCGAGUCCGAGGAGGCCGGCUUGGGCAAGGACGGCGAGGAGGAAGAGGAGGAGGAAGAGGAGUCCUGCGAGCCGCCACCACCACCACCCCCCAUGUCCGCUGCCACCGACUCCACGCAGCACAACGGUCAUGCACUCUCCACGGAGGAGGAGAGCUCCAGCGAAGCCCUGGCCCUCAGGCACGACCCCCCCGACCCCGACCCGAACCCCGCCCACGAGCCUCAGGACUGCGUCAACGGAGACGAGUCCAUGUCCAGUCUGGACAGUCAGACGGCCACGGGCGACACGGACACACACGUCGCCGCAGGAGGAGGGGCGCCGACGUCUGAAGCGGGGCAUUCUGGGAAGGUAGAGGAUGGGGCAGGGGAGGACAACGAGGGAGGAGGAGCUCAGGGAGAAAGAGAGGCCGUCCAGGAGGAGGAGUCGGAGUCCAUGCAGACGUCCGUCCCUUCAGCCAGUGAGUGCAGUGAGGGCGAACACGAGACGGAAGGUGGGUCCAGAACCCGGAAGUGCCGAAAAAGCCAAUCAGAAGAGCCCAGCAGCCAAAAGAGCCAAUCUGAAGAGCCGAGUAGUCAAAAGAGCCAGUCAGAACAGAACAGUAGUGAAAAGAGCCAAUCGGAAGAAAAGAACAGUCAAAAGAGCAAAUCAGAAGAGACCAGUAGUGAAAAGGGCCAAUCAGAAGAGCAGAGCAGUCAAAAGAGCCAAUCAGAAGAACAGCGCAGCACUUCAGCUGAUAGGCCAGAGGAUCUCCCUCAGCCUCCACCCCCACCUGUCCUUGUGGUUGAUCACCAGCGACUCGCGGCUCUGCUGGAUGAGGUGGUCUUGAAGACUGCAGGGUUCAGUGUUGACGAACUGGAAAGACUCUACUCUCAACUCAGCCAAGCCAUCUACCUUCACCGCAGGGACUACAACAAGACACAGCUCAUAGAGGCGAUGGAGAGGCGCGUGCGGCAUUUUGAAACAUUCCUGUAAGAGGUGUGGUCUGACUGCACCACGAACUCUCCAAUCCGAGAGGAGACCAGCCUACUGAGCCACACCCCCUCCCUACCCACUGAGCCACACCCUCUGGUUGCCGAGGUGUGCAGGUGUACUGUUUCAGUCUUAACAGGGGGGAAAGAGAAGAGAAAAAUAAACACAACAACAACACACAGACAACGUGUGACAAACAAAAAUGGAGGGGCGAGCAAGACCCACAAACGAGGAGAAAAGGAAAUGGCGAACUUGGUGCUAUCGUCUCAGGUACUCUGGAUAGAAUCAGUCUACAGAACCAAACUCAGCUCAGUCUUUCAUGCUCAUUCUCUCUCUCUCACACACACACACACACACACACACACACACACAUACACACACACUCACAAAUACAUUAAUGCUGACUAGCAUUCUUGGUGCUAUUGGGUGCUACUGGGUGCUUCUGGGUGCUAUCGUUCUGUUUGCUGCUCCUUCGUUUUUUUUCCACAGACAAAAAAGAAAGGGAGAAGAAAAAGAAAGAAAGAAAGAAACAAAAACAAAAACAAAAACACCAAAAGGAACAAUGUGCAGGACUGUGUGAUGUCUCAGCACGAGCCUGCCUCUGUUGUGAUGACGAGACCUCCCAAGUAUCCAGACGCACACCACACACACACAUACAUACACAUACACACACACACACAGAGGCACAGAUUCUCACCAGCAUUUGGAAAAUCCUUUUUGCGAAUGAGGUGGAAGGGUGGAGUGGUUUGUGACAUCAUCAUUGUCCAGACAAACCCCUCUUUAUCCAAUCAGUCCCUUCCACCGGUCUCUCCCGUAAUCUUUUAACUCUGUAGAUUUUUUCAACGUCAAAACUGUUUGGUAGCUUCAAGAAUAGAACUGUUGAUCAUUUUACUUGUGAAUUUUAAGAAGAAACAAAAAAAAAAAAGUCUUUGGGUACCAGUUUUUCGUAGCCAUCACAGUCUCCCCUUCAAGGCGUGGAGUGGUUUUAAUCAGCCACCCUGUCACAAAAAAAAAAGCAUUAAACGAAGAGUGCUUCAGCUAUUCUUUAUUUCCAUAUUGGUAAGCUUUCAAGGUCCUGGGAUUUAUAUCUAAAGAGAGAGAAGAGAGUAGUUGCAAUUCUUUUUUGGAGACAUUGUUUUUGUUUGAGCUGUGGAGUCGGUCUAAACAAGAAUCAUCACCUCUAAAUGGUUGUGACCUCUAACCCUGUGACCUUCACAUGACCUUGGUAUGACCUUUAGCUGAUGACCUCUGCUCCUAUUGGUGGGUUAUCCAACCUAGCCAGGCUAACAGGUUGAUAACUGUCUAUAACACAUGCAGAUACUCACUCAUACACACAUAGUAGAGUGACACUCAUGCACACUCUCUCUCUCUCUCUCUCUCUCUCUCUCUCUCUCUCUCUCUCUCUCUCUCACCACACACACACACACACACAAACACACACUUUCUCCAGCUCAGUGAAAACCCAUGUCAUUGCCAUCUUGCCUCCGCCAUAGACACCCAUGCGUGUGUACACACAUGCUCUCACACCGACAGAUAUUGGUGUCAGCUCUAUAUGCAGACGGUGCUAAAGGGUGUGCUGGUUGUCCUGCAGAGUUUGAGCUGUGGCCCAGAACUGACCCUGAUCUGGCCCUGACAUGGCAAAGUGAUGUAGGUGCUGGUAUGUAGAGACCAGUCUAUUUAGAGGCAUUAAGAUUAUAGGUAAUUUUCAGUGCUCAUGAUUAAGCUAGUGCUAAACACAUACACACAAACACGCAUUGGUGAUAUGGUUAUUUCUACAGUGUAGAUUAGAUCACAUCAGGUAUUGAAAGAAGCAUUAUUUUCUGUUGGCUGGUGACAUACAUCUAUGUCUCUCUCUCUCUCUCUCUCUCUCUCUCCCCCUCCCUCCCCCUCGCUGUCUCAUUGUUCUUCUCUAGUGAGUUUUGCUGUGUGUUGCGGAGCGUAGGCUGAGGGGUUGAGAAGUUGUCCCUCUCGCUGGGCGGUGGCGGCCCAGAGCUGAUGUAGUUCUGACCCUCCUCUUAGCUACUCUGUCCCAGGGGUCCCAAGGGCUAUGUGUGUGCGACAUCUAGCACCCCGCAUUCACUCUUUCAUAGGAAAGCUGAAAUAUUCCUGACUGCAGAUGCACAACAUGUCUAACGACAGCCUCUAGAAUCACUUACACAUGGAGAGGGAUGGAGAGAGAGAGAGAGAGAAGCCUAGAGACAGAGGGAUGGAGAGAGAGAAGCCUAGAGACAGAAUGAGAGAAGGAGAGAGGGAUAGAGAAGCCUAGAGAGAGAAUGAGAGCAAGAAGGAGGGAACACAUGGCUACCUCAUCUAACCUCUGGGUUAACCAUAGAGAGUAGAGAGUUUAAAGUGUGUGUGUGUGUGUAUGUAUGUGUGUGUAUGUAUGUGUGUGUGUGUGUGUGUGUGUGUGUGUGUGCGUGCAUAUGCAUAUGCGUGCGUGCUUCAGAGGUUUUAAAUAGGCAUCUCUUGCAGCUCAGAAACAUCGAAGCUGGGACACCAUAGUAAAAACAAGUCCAGUGUAUACUCAUGCAACACACACUUGGUGCAAGACCCACACUCAAAUUACAAACCCAGCUGCUGUACAAAUGACAGGAUUCCUCUUUUGUUGUUGUUUUUGUUUUUAUGUACGCAUAUGAGCCAGAGAAGAUACAGAGGCACCUGUAGACGGAAGUAGAUACGUAUGUAUGGUGUGGACAUCCCUCUCUCUUUUUUUGUAAAAUGUUAAAACCUACCUUUUUGUUUCUGUCCCACACACACACACACACUGCCUAAAGUCCCCAUAGGUCCCUCAUGCUCCUCUGGUCCGUCAGCAUGAAGACAGCCUUUUCCCACACUUUUGUCCUUUCUCUCUUUCACUCUCUUUGUGAUAUUUAUUAACAGGAUAAUUAUUACGCGGCGUUUUACAGGCAGAUAUACAUUUAACGUUUUUGUACUUUUUUUAAAAAAGGCAACUAAUUGGAGAAAUAAUUGUUACUGGAGUUUGAAAACUUUGUGCUGAACGGUGAAGAAGCACAUUGGUGUAGCAGGUGUUUUUGUUUGUAUGUUUGAUUGUUUGCAUUUUUUUUUUUUUUUUUUUGCUCGAGGAGAAGCUGGUCAGAGGUUUACAUGGUCUCAGGUGUCUACUGCAGUAACCGAUGGCGACUGACUGUUGGUCAGAUCUGACACAUGGUCGGACGCCAUCUCGGAAUGGUCUAUUUAUUCCUUUGUAAUUAUUAUGACAUUGACGACGAUAUGAUUUUCUCUUCUGAAUUUUUUUUUUUGUCCUUGUUUGCUUUUCGGUAACUGCUGGACAGGACGAUGCUGAGUAUCAAGCCAAUGUGAUUUUGAAUUUGAUAGUGACCACACACACACACAAACUCUCACACACGUAUGCAUAGCACGUCCACCAGUAUAGACCCUGUGUUAGUGUAGUGCUCUGUUUACUACUGUGAUUCUGACUUUCUCCCCUUUCAUUCACACACACACACACACACACACACACACACACACACACACACAUACUUACAUACUAAUCACUAACAUUCUCACCUGGACAUAACAGCUCUAAUCUAAUCAUUGCAUGUCAUCUGUGAGUGUGUGUGUGUUUUGCUUAUCAUUCUCUUCCUUUUAUGGCUCAUUCUUGUCAGUGUAGUAGGUGUUUGGAUGGUGCCGUAUGUCUUGUUUAUUGAGGGCAACACACACACACACCACACAUACAAACACAGAGACACACACACACACAUUAACUCUUUAUGUUUCAUUACAUAAUGAAAUCUGUCAUUGGAUGUGACAGAAUGCAGACUCUAGUUUUUCCUCCUUAGGAGGUUGAGCUUAGUCUUUUUUUUUUUAGACACAGCUGCCAAAAUCCACCAUAGGGACGCUAGGCCAGUCCUGGACCAGACCUGAACCAGUCCAAACCAGUCCUGAUCCUCACUGGUCUCUGUCUGAACCAGUCCUGAUCCUCACUGGUUUCUGUCUGGCUUUCAAAAGUGAAUCCGCAUGUGGCCCAAAGCUGCAGCCAAAGCCGUCGGAAACUCACCUGUCUGAAUCUCACUUGGAGUCGGUAUCCCACGGUGAUGCCCUAGGCAGACGAGUAAACAAAAACAUUGAUCGUUGCAACAGAGGUGUCUGCACAAGUGCUUGGUCCAGUAGGCAGAACGUUUGUUUGUUCGCUUUGUCUUUCUGUUUUUUCUUUUGAAUUUCAACGUAACAUCCUAUUAUUAGGUGAUGUUUGACUGAUAUUGUAGUUUUGUGGGGGAUUUUUUUUUUCUGUUGUUGUUUUGUAGCAUUUGCCAGAUAUUUUUAUUCUGAUUAUCAUUUAUGAAUUAUUGUUUUUUUUUCCCUUUUCAUAGAGUUGCUUAUAUAAACACCUAAAAUAUCCUCUCCUCUCCCAGCAUUACUCUUGAGUUCUAUGAGGUGAAUUGCAAACAUUUUACUGUAAUUUUCCAAAAUUAAAAACUGCUGUGACAUACUUGAAAUAAAGGUGCAAAAUUGUUGUCUACGUUAAA